AUAAAUGUCCACUUCUGCAAAUAAAUCUAAAGCAUUUGCAAAAUUCAAAAUUGUAUUUAUUGGCAAUCAAGCUGUUGGUAAGACAUCAAUCAUAGCUCGAUUUGUAUAUGAAUAAAUUCCUUAAUAGCAUUAAGUAUUAGUUAAAUAGUGAUAUUAGCCCACAAUUGGAAUUGACUUUCUUUCUAAAUGCAUUUAAGUAGACAAUAAAACUGUAAGAUUGUAAUUAUGGGAUACUGCAGGUUAAGAGCGUUUUAGAUCAUUGAUACCAUCAUAUAUAAGAGAUUCACAUGCAGCUGUAUUAUGUUAUGAUGUUUCAAGUAUUAUUUAAAUAUUAUUGUUUUAGAUGCUUAGACAUUUAUAGAUAUUAAAUAAUGGCUUGAAUAUGUAAGAGAAGAAAGAGGAUCUGAUGUAUUAGGAGUACUUAUUGCUAACAAAAUAGAUAUUGAAGAUAGGUAUAUUAUAUAUUUAUUUUAGAGCUGUUACUACAGAAGAAGGAGAAAAGUUUGCUAAAGAAUAAGAUUUACUUUACUAUGAGGUCUCAGCUAAAGAGGGAACUAAUGUUUAAUCUACCUUUAAGAAUCUUGCAUUAAAACUUUUAGGCCCUAUUUAAGAAAUUGAAUAACCAACUACUGAAUGUAUUAUUGAUUCUAAUUUAGUAUCCUAACCUAAUAUUGCCAAUAAAAUUUAAUUACAAUCAUAAGAUCAACAAAAACCAUAACCUGAAUAAUAGAAAUGUCAAUGUUGA